UUGAUAUAGGAUUAGGAGUGCAGGUACUCACAUAAGUCUACAUUGUAGAAUAAAAACUAAAAAAUUGGAUGUUGGUAGGUUGGAAUCAGGCCUUUCACUCAUUCACGUCAAUAAGCCUGUUGUACCAAACUAUAUAUUCUCAGAAGCUGCAUCCAUAAACAGUUAUGGCAGAAGAGGGACAUGAACACAUUGAUUUAUUCGAAAAGCUACCUCAAGAAUGCAUAGAAGAGGUUGUUUUGCGUGUUGGCCCUAUGGAGGCAUGUAGGCUGUCUGCUGUUUGUAAAAGGUUUCUAUCGGCUGCUGAAUCAGACUUCGUCUGGGACAGAUUUUUGCCCUCUGAUUAUCAACAAUUACGUGCUCGGGCAGAUGCUUUUCCCAAUAUUAAAUUUGCUUACAAGAAAGAUGUGUUUCUGUUUCUCAGCGGUAAUCAUGUCAGCAUGGAUGGGAAUACCAUGGUAAUACUUCUCGCGCCCUUGCUAUUUUCUUUUUGGUUAAGCAAGAGGACUGGCAAGAAGUGUUUUCUUACAGCUGUUUCAAUCAUAGAUGAUACCGAAGAGGAUGAUGGCUGGUCUCGUCUGGAAGUUGAAAUAUCCAGGGUUCAGGAUUGUUUUGCCUUAUGUCAAUGUGUUGAAUUGUUCAGAAUCCAGGGAAAGAUAAGCACCUCCGUACUAUCACCAAAUACUACCUACACAAUUUAUGUUGUCUGUCAUUCGCAGGAAUAUGUUUUAAACUACCAUUUUGAUGAACCCGUAGAAGUUUCCAUAGCGAUUGAUGGCGUUGAAAGCAUAAAACAUAUUGUUUAUCUGGACCCGCGUAAGAUGAGGUCGGAAGGGGAUAAUGAUCUCCAAUAUCCGCAACAGAGAAAAGAUGACAGAUUCGAAGUUCAGUUAGGAGAAUACUUCAACAAAGGAGGAGAAGAGGUGAAUUUGGAAAUCACUAUGAUGGAAGUAAAAAGUGGGAAGCCUAAGACUGGACCGACUAUUGAAGGCUUUGAAUUCCGACCAAGGCGCACCAAUGCAGUUUCAUGAUACUCGUAUGUUAGUGUUCUUAUAUCUGUUUACCGUCGAAUUUAAAAGACCUUCACCUGAGUAAAAAGACCAUAUCAUAAAGGCAGAAGUUUUAUGUUGUGAAUGGUAUUCAUGAAUCAAGAACAUGCAUCUUUAAGUCCAAAGGCUUAUAUGAACUUAUAAGUAAACUUGUUUUUGAAUAACUAAAGUAAGAAGAACUCAAUCCAGAACAACGAAAUU